AUGACUGAGGACUUGGACCACAGAUUCAGUUAUCUCACCUGGGAUCAGAUUAAAAUCCUGGAUCAGGUUUUGACCGAGGCUAUACCUAUUCAUGGGAGAGGAAAUUUUCCAACCCUGGAGGUAAAGCCGAAGGAUAUAAUCCACAUGGUAAAGGAGCAGCUCAUUGAGAAGCAGAUCCACGUCAGGGACAUCCGCCUGAAUGGUUCCACUGCCAGUCACAUCCUGGUGAAGCACAAUGGCACCAGUUACAAGGACCUGGACAUCAUUUUUGGAGUGGAACUUCCCAGUGAGCUCGAGUUCCAGGUGGUUAAGGAAGCAGUUCUCAAUUGCCUAUUGGACUUCUUGCCGAAAUGCGUUAACAAGCAAAAAAUCACGGCUCAGACCAUGAAAGAUGCCUACGUGCAGAAGAUGGUCAAAGUCUCCACCGACCACGACCGCUGGAGCCUCAUCUCCCUGUCCAACAACAGUGGCAAGAACGUGGAGCUGAAGUUUGUCAGCUCGCUGCGGCGGCAGUUCGAGUUCAGCGUGGACUCCUUCCAGAUCAUCCUGGACUCCAUCCUGGCCGUCUACAGAGCCUCAGACCGGCCCCUGACACAGGACUGCCACCCCGCCGUCAUCGCCGAGAGCAUGUACGGGGACUUCAACCAGGCCAUGGACCACCUGAAAUACAAACUGAUCUCCACCCGGAACCCGGAGGAGAUCAGGGGAGGCGGCCUCCUGAAGUACAGCAACCUCCUGGUCCGUGACUUUAAGCCGGCGGAUGAGGCUGAAAUUAAAUCUCUGGAACGUUACAUGUGCUCCAGGUUCUUCAUUGAUUUUCCCGACGUUGCCGAGCAGCAGAGGAAAAUCGAGUCCUACCUGCGCAACCACUUCAUCGGGGAGGAGAAGAGCAAGUACGACUACUUGAUGACCCUGCGUGGGGUGGUGAACAAGAGCACAGUCUGCCUCAUGGGGCACGAGCGAAGGCAAACCCUCAACAUGAUCACAAUCCUGGCUUUAAAAGUGCUCGGAGAACAGAACAUCAUCCCCAACGCGGCCAAUGUCACGUGCUACUAUCAGCCUGCUCCCUAUAUCAGUGACAGAAACUUCAGCAAUUACUACAUUGCCCAUGGACAAACCCCUGUGUUCUACCAGCCGUACCCUUUCCACAUACAGCUACAGAGCGGGAUGGUGUAGGAACACUCCAACCUCCAAGCACUCACCGCUCCUCUCUUUCCAGUUCUCUCCUUAAUAAAGGCCUCAUUAAAGCGAGUUUUAUCAGCACCUUUGAGUUAAGGACAUAUUUUUGUGCAAGUUGCCAAAGUUGUUUGGUUGGUCAAUGU